AUGCCAAAUUUGCAUAAUGGAUUCGGCUAUAAAAGCCACAAGAAUACACUUUUUUGUCUCAUUCUCUUUUCUCGUCCUUUGAGGAAUAAAUUCUCCGUCUUGACCGGUCGACUACUCUGUGCCAUUAUCCUCUCGACUCUCGACUACCAUAUCUCCUUGCCGUUGUUCAUUCGUUAUAUGGGGGCUGAGCCGGGGAACCUCUCAGUCGACCCCUCCCUUCUUGCCCCUCUUGAGACAGAUUCCCCCAUGAUUUCUAAGUCCUUUGCAGAUGGACUCGGCACAAUUGAAGGAUCCCGAGUUGAGUCCCUCCGGAUCCGAAGCUUCCAACUCUCCCACACCAGACGACAGUAUUGCCGAGAUCUCGAUCUGCUCCUCUCCCGAAAACUCCCCAAGAAAGCCCGAUCAAUUACCCCGUCGAAAACCCGACGUUGUCCUCUCCGAAGCCGUCGGAGAACCCUUGGCCCAAUUCAUCUGAUCUCAACCCGCCUUUGUCUCCGGAUUUCUAGUAUCCGCCCUAGCCGCUGUUCCCCUGCAGAGCUGGCCAAGUUAACUGGCCCCAUCGUUUUGUUCGACGAGCGCAUCGAAGAAGCCGGCAGACCGCAAAGCCAGAUCAUGGAGACGCUGAAGCCACCAAACAACCCGAAAUCACCGGAGGCAGUCUGCAAAGCUCAGACGUCCAACAACCAACCAAUCAACCCAUGGGCCAAUCGGAUCUCCCCGUACCCCCUCUAUCCCAACACCCAACAACCCCUUUCAUGCUUUUCAGAAUUUUUUGAGCCUUGUUUCCACUGCACUUUUCUACAAAAAGCCCCUGUUUAA